UCUGUCGCUCGCUAGCCAGUCUACACACCUCCCUAGAGCGGAAGCGCGCAGCGAAUAACACAAGUUUUGUGAAUUAAAAAGAAAGUUUUUAUCUGUUGAAUGUUCCCAUUCUAACCAGAAUGUCCACUCUGCUCGAAGUUUGCGGACCCCUCUCACCGCCGUCAACGCCGCCGUUGAUGGAAAAUAAAGUCGAGCUGCCUCUCAAAAAGAUUGCCGCAAAACGGGCGAGAGAGUCGUCGUCGCCGCCCGCCGGCCUGGUCACGCCCCAGCCCUCGGACUCUGAAGGAGAAGACGAGUUCAGCAAGCGAUCCCGAUGCGAGCUGGAGCGCUUGCUUCUCACGACGCCGCCCCCGGAGCCGUGCUACAGGCCCUCGGUCAUCAUGCGGGCCCACAAGGACGGCACCUGCAGUCCGGAGCCACUGCCGCCCCCGCCCGCGCACGGCAUGAACAUGCUCAAGACACUUAAAUUUAAAAUGAACCGAGGACACAGUUAUUCACAAACCAAAUACAUUGCGAGCCAAACGUCUUCUCCCGUUCCGGUUGCCGUUCAACCUCCCAGUCCCCCACCGAAGAUUGAAGAAGCUCGCGUACCGUCACCCCACCUGGAAUGUCAACCGAAACAAAACACAAGAGACGAACAGCGCGUCCCCCAGGCCCCGUCGCCGGCCGCCACCCCGGGUUGGGUCCCGCUGGCGCCGAGACCAGCUCCGGCAGUCCUAGUCCCGGGGGCGUUGCUGCCCACCGCGGCGCUGUGGCUCGUGGCGCCCGCGCCCGCCGCCCGGCGCCGACUCUACGAGUGUUCGUAUCCCGGAUGCGGGAAAAAUUACUUUAAGUCGUCACACCUGAAAGCGCACGCCCGCACGCACACCGGGGAGCGACCGUUCCGGUGCGCGUGGCCCGGCUGCGAGCGCAGGUUCUCGCGCUCCGACGAGCUGUCCCGGCACAAGCGCACGCACACCGGCGAGAAGAAGUUCGAGUGCCGCGUGUGUAACCGCCGCUUCAUGCGCUCCGACCACCUCGCUAAGCACGUCAAGAGGCACGCCAAAGAGAAGGCACCGCUGACUCCAGUGCUGCGGCUCCUCCCAUCUCCUCCCGUGGCGCUGCCGGUGCGGCCCGUGGUGGCGGCGGCGCAGUGACCGGCGCGCGACCCCGCUGUGAUCCAGAUCUCGAGAUCGUUACCUAGCCAGUAGCCGUACUCAUCUUUAAGACUGUCCUAUAUGACUACUUAAGUAGUUGCUAGUUCGUAAGUUAAUAUAUUGUUACUGUAGCAGAUGAUAUGAUUCCAAAAAAUUAAACUGAACGUUUUGUACUA